CUCAGACCACGCGGAUGUUUUCUCGGAGCCGUUCGUGAUGUUCGUGACGGGUUCAUGUGAAAAUCUUUGCGCUUUUCUGACCCGCGGAUCGUGUUUAUUUACAUUUUACCUCCGUGACAUUUAAAGACGUAAAGUAUGCUUGAGUCUUCGUGAGUUUGGUGCGUAAACUCGGUGAGCAUGAGUGAGUUUUCGGCGCUGGGUUUGUCGGAGUGGCUCGUGAAACAAUGUGUCCAACUCGGGAUCAACAAACCCACCGCCGUGCAACAAAACUGUCUGCCCCCCAUUCUGCACGGUCGGGAUGUUCUGGGCUGCGCUAAAACAGGAAGUGGGAAGACAGCGGCGUUUGUCCUUCCCGUCCUGCAGAAACUCUCCGAGGAUCCGUACGGAAUCUACUGCCUCGUCCUCACGCCGACCAGGGAGCUGGCGUAUCAGAUCGCAGAACAGUUCCGAGUCCUGGGGAAACCUCUGGGGUUGAAGGACUGUAUCAUCGUCGGAGGAAUGGACAUGGUGGCUCAGGCUCUGGAGCUCUCGUCUCAGCCUCACGUGGUGGUGGCGACUCCAGGUCGACUCGCAGACCACAUCCGCAGCUCCAGCACCUUCAGCCUGAGCAGAGUCAAGUUCCUGAUCCUGGACGAGGCGGACCGUCUGCUGGAGCAGGGCUGCACAGACUUCACCUCUGACCUGGAGGUGGUUCUGGGGGCGCUUCCCUCCAAACGUCAGACUCUCCUCUUCAGCGCCACCCUGACCGAGACACUGGAACAACUGCAGAGCGUCGCCCUCAACAAACCCUUCUUCUGGGAGAACAAGUCUGAGACUCGUACGGUGGAGGAGCUGGACCAGAGGUACAUCCUGACCCCAGAGAAGGUCAAAGACGCCCACCUGGUCCAUCUGAUCCAGACCUUCACCGACCAACACCACGACUGGUCCAUCAUCAUCUUCACCAACACCUGCAAGAGCGCUCAGGUUCUGACCAUGAUGCUGCGAGAGUUUAACUUCCCCACCAUUUCUCUGCACUCCAUGAUGAAACAGAAACAACGGUUUGCGAAUCUGGCCAAGUUCAAGGCGAGUGUGUACAGGAUCCUGAUCGCCACCGACGUCGCCGCCAGAGGUCUGGACAUCCCUGCGGUGCAGGUCGUCAUCAACCACAACACCCCGGGUCUCCCCAAAAUCUACAUCCACCGAGUCGGCAGGACGGCGCGAGCAGGGAGAAACGGCGUCUCCAUCACUUUAGUGACUCAGUACGACAUUCACCUGGUUCAAUCCAUCGAACAAAACACACAGACCAAACUGAAGGAGUUUCCGGUCGACGAAAAAGAAGUGAAUAAAAUCCUGACCCAAGUGAACGUGACGAGACGCGAGUGUGAAAUCAAACUGGAGGCGUCGGAUUUUGACGAGAAAAGAGAAAUCAACAAAAGGAAGCAGCUGAUCCUGGAGGGAAAGGACCCGGACUUGGAGGCGAAGAGGAAAGCCGAGCUGGAGAAGAUCCGGAGUCAGAAGAGAAAGUUUAAGGAAAAGAUCCAGGAAACGAUGGAAAAACAGAAAAAAGCCCAAAUCAAAAAAAACAUCCGGAAACGGCGAGAGAGACAAAAGAAGAACAAGGCCAAAGCUGCAGCAAAAUGACACUGGACUCUGGACCUGAGGUUAAAGACUCUGAGGUUAAAGACUCUGAGGACAGGGGGCGCUAUUGUGCUUUUCUAAAUCAACUUAAAAACAGAGCUGAGAUUUAAAUCUGGAUUUCACUGAAGACCAUAGACUUUAAGAGCCCAUUUUGUGCCUUUUUCUAAUGUAAAAUGUCGUUUCCUCGUCACAAACAAACCUGGAGUUGUGUUUUUUUUCGCUCACAAGUUUAAACUCUCAAACCUGCAGAUUUACUCUCGAGUUCUUCUCUCAAACUCAACAAAUUUGGUCAAACGGGACGUCCUUCGUGGUGUUUUCAAACUCCACACAGACCUGGUUUAGACUAGAAUUGUUUGGCGAUUCCAAAAGUGAAAUUAUCCAAUCACUUUUGAAUUAAACCUAAAAAAGAGAUGUUCACUGGAAAACUACAGCUUCAUGACAUCACGAGGUGGAACAAAGCAUGAAGUGUAACAUGAACCUGCCCAGAGACGACAGGUGGACAUGAGCUCUGCUGCUACGACCUGGAACAAACCUCUCUCCUGUUGAGGUUCAUGUAGAUUGUGCACUGUCCCCGUCUCAAAUUAAACUGGAGAUGUAAACACUCAUAAUAGUUUUACUCAAACGUGUGAAUGAAACAAAACAACUCCAGCUCUGUUUUUGUUUUUGAGGGAACAGCGUUAGAACAUGACUUAAACCUCACCAGUCCAUUAUUUUGUGAUAUGUAGAACUUUUAAACUCAUCCAAGCUGCUUCAGUUCAGUUCAGAACCGAAGAACUGAAACAGUUUGGAUGAGCGGCGAAACAUUCAACCUGAAUAAACUUUUGUCCAGUUGAGAUUGAAUUUGCCUGGACGACUGAGGGAUUUUACACUUCAGAGUCUAAAAUUCAUAGUGAAAAAUUUCACAGUGAUCCGAUCUAACCUAGUAACAAACAGAAAACGGUGCACUGGAGCGAUCUGAUUGGUCAGAAUUCACCUCAUUAUAAUGUCAAACCCCGCCCACAGAUGAGAACAGCCAAUAGCACAAGAGUCAAACUCACAUUGAGCCAAAAUUUAAAACUGGGAUUAAGUCGUGGGCCAAACUAAAUAUUUAUUGAAAAAUUUGCAAAAAACAUCUGCAUGUUUUCUCUUCUUUCGAGAUAUGUAAAGUUAAACCUUUUCUUAUUAAAAUGUUUAGUAAUAAUUUUGCUUAAACAUUGAAUCCAGAACAAACAGAAUAUAAAAUAACAUUUUAAAUAAGUCAUGUCUCUAUAGUCGAUCUGUAGGCGGUGGGCAGCUCUAAUACAGAUUUAAUAUGAUCUUGCGGGCCAAAUAUAAUUAUAUCACAGGCCAAAUUUGGCCCCUGGGCCUGAGUUUGACUUGUCUGGCCAAUAGGAAACCACCUCUGUCCUCUUCACAGGAUCAAUGCUUCUGUUUUGGCGUCUUGGAUCUUUGCUGUGAAUUUUUACUCUGUAGUUUGACUGUUCAGUUUGAGGAUGUGAAAAGAUCUGUACUGAAUAUUUAAAAGGUGACAUUUUAAGUAUACUUUUUCAGUAACUAAAAUAUCAAAAAUGUUUUUUCAGAGUUAAAAAUUGGGAGAAAUUCAGCAGUAUUUAAAAUUCAAAAUCCCCAGAGUCCCCUGUUCUGGCAAAUUUAUCCAAGAAUUGUCCCAAUUUUUGACAAAUUUCAUCCCUUCCAAUAGUAAAAAAGAGGCAUAAACUAUCAUUUGUUUAUGAAAAAUACAAAAAAGCUGCUUAAAAACGACCAAAACACACAAAAAACCUGACUAAACUGACUCAUUUUCGUCACGAAUGACCAGAGAGCAAAAUAAUUCUCUUUAAUUCCGCACUCGUUUCACAAUUUUAUUAUCACCAACCUCCAGAAAUUAAGAGUGCCCCAGUUUUUUUAUUUUGAAAAUCUGCUCAUGUGGUUUUCAGUCUCAAAACACCUGAAACUGUGUAAUAUUUUAGACAACAAAGACAAAUUGUACAUACAUAUAUUGAAGUUUGUGUGUAAUUUAAUGAUUUUGCAAUAAAUGAACACAUAAAAACAAAAACAAAAAGCGUGUUUGUUGCAUGUUUCGCUUUUAUUGAAUCAGUUACAAGGAGAAUCAAAGCUGGAACUUCACUGCAAAAUAAGGAACUCGUCCAGAAUGGUAAACUAUAAUUACUCUAGCCCACUGAUUUCAAUACGGAACCUAAAGAAUAAUAAGAAGAAUUAAAAUCUACCCCAAAGUCCACAGCACAACUCCGGUCUAACUCUACGGAAAAGCAACAUGUCCCUUUAAAGCUAAAAGUUACAUAAACGAGCCACUUUCCAACGAGGCCGUCACGUUUUCCGUGUUUUCCCGACGGCGUGAUUGUCUGCGUCUGAAAAUAUGGUACAUUCUUAUCGAGAAGAGAAAAAAAAAAGCAAAAAAACGACAUUACAAUCGCCGGAAAGUAGCAAAAUAAAGCGGCUGACCGGCUAAGCGUCAUUCCUACGGCGACGAGUUCAACGAAACGCGACGGGAAAAGGCGGGAAUUCUAUUUUUAAAACACGAGUUCGUGGCGUUUAAGUGCAUAUGACGGGUCCGGGCGUUAAAUUUCACUAAAACAUUUUUAAAUUUGCGAACAUAGUGUAAAAAUCUCACGUCGUUUUGUGAUUUUGUCGACGUUUAUGGUUUUACUUCUUGACGAAACUUAACGAACAAGCGUCAAAACGGGAAUAAAUUACGCAGAAGUUCUGAUUCCACUCACACAAAUAAAUAACUACACUUUUAUUUUGUUAAAUGAAGGUUUAACGUGUCAGAAAAAGUCUGUCCUUGCGCGUUUUUAAAGUUUUAAAACGCGUCGCUACUUCGGGAUUUUUGUUCUUUUCUUCUCAACUUUUCUCCAUAAAAAAUGCCACUUCGAGGUUCCGUAUUACGACGUUUUCCGAUGUUUUAAUGUCGUUUCUUCGUCGCAAACAGACCUGGAGUUGUCGUUUUUUUCCACACAAACACUGUACGUUUAGGCUGAGGUUACGAGGGAAUACAGGAAGUGCUCCACUGUGUUUUUAAACUCCAUAUUGACCCGGGACAGUCCCAGUUUUGAGCCCCCGUCUCAGCAGAUUUACACAAAACCACUAAUUUGUCCCAGUUUUAUACAAAAAAUGUCCCAAAUGUCUCUAUUUUUGACCAAUAAUAAAGAGCAGAGGUGCACAAAAAUAUUGAAAUACCGACGUAUCGUAUCGUUUUAUGUGAUGAUUCAGUAUCGAUGUAUCGCCGAGACUAUUUUUAUGCGACACAUUUGACCUUUUUCGCUGUUUUGAUGAUUAAAAUGUUUGUGUUUCUUUUUAACUUUGCAUAAGAAGUGAUUUAACAUGAUUUAGACUUUAUUUUUCACGGAACUGAAUCGAAUCAUAUCGUAUCGAAUUGUACUGAAUCAAAAGUGCACGGUAUCGAAAAACGUAUCGCAUUCUGGCAACUUAUCGGCAACUUGACGAAUCACAGCCCUAUUGACGAUUAGGGGUGUGCAAAAAUACUGACAUAUCGAAAUAUCGUAUCGUUUAAUGUGAUGAUACAAUAUCGAUAUCACGGGCUGUUUUAUCGAUAUAUCGCCAAGAGGAUUUUUUGAUGAAUUUUACUCAAUUAUUUUGUUAUAGAGCUUCAAUUUUGUUGCUUGUUUAGCGGAAGGAAACUUAUUUAUGCGACACAUUUGACAUUUUUACCGUUUUGAUGAUUAAAAUGUUUGUUAAACCACUUUUUGUGCAAAGUU